AUGGCACCUCAAGUAAACGGCGAGACUCCCUCAUCUGUCUUCCUCGAUCAUCUCACAUCUUACCCUCUCAUCCACGACUCUAUCUCUACCUUCAAGUCUAACCCCUAUGGCCAAAGAUCCAUCGACUUGACUGCAACCUCUUACGAGAAGUUUGGCAAACCAUUCAUUCCAUACCUCCAAAAACCCUACCAAUACGUCUCCCCUUACGUUGCGAAAGCCGAUGAGCUUGGCGACUCUACUCUAUCCACCAUUGAAUCGAAAUUCCCUGCCGUCAAGAAACCUACCGGCGAACUCUAUAGUGAUGGAAAAAACUUUGUGUUCUAUCCGAUAACAAAAAGCAACGAGGGAAAGGAAUAUGUGUUGGGAAAAUACAACAACGAAGUCAAGAAGACGGAAGAUCAGGGUUUUGUUGGCUAUGGAAAAGCAGUUGUUAGCACAGGAUUGAUUGUAUCAAGUGAGGCCUUUCAAUGGCUGAGCCAAUUUCUAUCAGCCAAGAAGGCAGAGGCCAAGGAGGUAACCAACGAGAAGGUAAACAACUAG